CCACCAGAAGAAGGUUGCCGCCGGAUGAUUGGAUGCUGUGUUGUUUUUGCCCCGCAGCUCAGUGCCAUCAACUACUUGGCCAAUCCGACUCCGGAUUCUGGAAACCAUGAUUAACGGACUCACCGGAAUGGAAAAGGCCUCCCCUGGCUUUGGAAAUGAGCGUUGGAGGGUUCUUGAAUUUUACAGUGGGAUUGGCGGCAUGAGAUACUCGCUGAAGAAAUCAGGCGUGAAUGCAGAAGUUGUGGAAGCAUUUGAAAUUAACGACAGAGCCAAUGAUGUUUACGAGCAUAAUUUUGGUCAUCGUCCUUUUCAGGGAAAUAUUCAAAGCCUGACGGCUACCAAUCUGGAUGGAUACGGAGCAGAUGCAUGGCUUCUUUCUCCUCCUUGCCAACCUUACACUAGACAAGGUCUCCAGAAGGACACUGGUGAUACUCGGGCAUUCUCCUUUCUUCAGAUUCUUGAACUUAUGCCAUUAUUAAAGCAUCCUCCAAGCAUGUUAUUUGUGGAAAACGUUGUUGGAUUUGAGACAUCUGAUACGCAUGCAAAAAUGAUUGAAAUAUUGGAAAAAACAAAUUUUGUCUCUCAGGAGUUCAUUUUGAGCCCAUUACAAUUUGGAAUCCCCUACUCGAGGCCGCGUUAUUUUUGUCUGGCGAAAAGAAGACCUUCAUCCCUUGUAAAAGAACGUCAGAACAGCAUACCGAUUCAAUCUCCCAGACCAUUAUUUGAGCAUGAAGAUACAGUGACUGAUGAAUAUGUUUUGUCGCAAAAGGACUGGGAUAAGUUGUUGCAAUCUUGUCAGCCAAUUGAACAAUUUCUUGAAUUGAAGAAUCCUGGCAAUGAUACAGACGUUGAAUCUGCAUCACUGGUCACUGAUUUACCCGGAGAUUCUGUUACAAGUUUGGAGAAACGUGAUGUUCGUGAAUAUGCUGGGGAAGUUCUCAACAGAGCCUCUUUAGACCAGUAUUCUGUUCCUUUGAGCUUGAUAGAACGAUGGGGAAGUGCUAUGGAUAUUGUCUAUUCUGAUUCAAAGCGCUGCUGUUGUUUUACAAAAAGUUAUUACAGAUAUGUGAAGGGAACUGGAUCACUUUUGGCAACUGUCCAGCCGGAGAGGAAGGACAAAACAUCACUGAAGGAACUGUGCCUUAGAUAUUUUACCCCAAGGGAGGUUGCAAAUCUACAUUCUUUCCCCGAAGAUUUUCAAUUUCCACAGCACCUAAGUCUUAGGCAGAGGUAUGCUUUGCUCGGGAACAGUUUAAGUAUAGCAGUUGUUGCUCCCUUACUACGCUAUCUUUUCACGAAUCCUUCGUGAUAUUCGACCACAUCAUAUGCUAAGCGGAUUCGGUUUUCUCGUCCACGCCCGUCACACAAAAUUUUGCAUGGUGAUGUGAUUAUAGAACUUGGUCAUCUUUGAAAACGCUGUAGGUUCUUUUUGUUUCAGUCGCGAAAAUGAAGUCUUAGGUGUGUUUGGCCUUCCUUUACCACACAAUUCAAUUUAUAAUGUAGUUCUUGUGACCGUUUGUCAAGACUGUCUAACGUAUUAUUAGUCAUGUGUGCUGUAGUAUUUUGUGAAUGCGUGGCCCGAUACCAAGAAAUUUACUGUUAGUAUUUUAUUA